CAUCUUUAUACAGUUUAUGACCUAAAUCAGUGAGGACGUGUGCGGGGCCGAGGAGGAAGUGAAAUUGAAAGUGAACUGUUUCCUGGUUCAGACAGACUGAUCGGAGGGUCUGUGGUCGACAUGAGCUCUCGCCAGUUUAACGCUGUCCUGCUGGACAUUUCCAACCGGCUGUCAGCUGAUCAGCUGGUCAGCCUGAAGUUCUUGGUGCGGGAUGUCGGUAAACGGGAGCUGGAAAAGAUCACCAGCGGACUGCAGCUGUUUCAGAUUCUCAUGGAGAGAGGCGAAUUGUCCGCUGAGAACACGGAGUAUCUGUCCAAGCUGCUCGCUGAUAUCCAGAGACUUGAUCUCGCUGACAAACUCAAGUGCUUCGACAGUCAGUCUGGAUCCGCCAGCAGCGAGCCAGAGCCGGCGGAGAGAGCCAAACUGGACAUUGCCGCCGAGGUGAUUGUAGAGAAUCUGGGAAGGAAUUGGCGUAAACUGGGCCGCAAACUAGGCUUGACUGAUGUCAAGCUUGAAUCUAUCUCCAAGAGGCAUCCUACAGACCUAGAGGAGACGGCAGUCGAGCUGCUGAAAGAGUGGAGGAAAAGUAAAGGAGCUGAGGCCGAGACAAAGUACCUGAUUGCUGCUUUGAGAGCCUGCCAGCAAAAUCUUACUGCUGACAAAGUGGAGGACAGACUUGAAGCUCACGAAAACUGAUCAGAUUAGACUGACAUUAAUGCUGGAAGUAAAAUAAUGCCUGUAGUGGCUUAAAGGAAUCAGCCAUCAACAUAUCCAUCAUGACACACAUAAAUCAUCUGUGUUGAAAUGAAUAAAUGGACUCCUGAAUGUGAUAAAACCUGCACCACAAAGCAAAAGUCUGUUUUCUCUGUAGUGUCAGCUCCUUUUCACCAUGAUUCAUGGUUAAUAUGUAUUUUUUUUUUUUUUUAAAUGGGACAGUUCGUAAAUAUCACGGGGGUCAUUCCAGGUGAAAUGACCAGAUAUUCCUUGGGGGUGUUGCUGCACCAGCUUCAAAUUAGUCCUAAAUUUGCAUGCCAUUAGAUAGUUACAAAAGUACUUUCUAUGUAAAAUUGUCAGCCUGUAGCUCAAAUAGUUUCUGAGUUGUGGGGGUCUGAAAUUUUCAGAAUUUGGGCUAUAAAAAGCCUCGCCAGCGUUUUUUGCAUCUUUAAGUGGUUAUUUCUCAGCCUCUAAGACAUACCAGAGAGCUGUAAGUUGGUAAACAAGGCCUCUGCAUGUAGCUAGUGCCCCACAAACAUCCCCAGGUGUUUCCCUACACUCUGCAGGCCAUGGGGGCUUGCUAAAAAUGCUAAAAAUUAAGAGACGCCUACUCAUGAGUGGGGUUUCGGACCUUAAAAGUACUAGAAAUACUGCACAGAAGUGUUCUAACACCCCUGGGUUCCAUUCUACACAAACUUGUGUGAUAACUUAGCAAACUGGAGCUUUGUAGGUACCUCAGUUUGGAAAAUAUGAGCUCCCAAAGUUGGACGAGAUUUUUAAUUGGCUAUUUUUGGUGGCAAAGAUCUCUGUGGGACAGGUACCAGAGACCCCAUAUUUUUCUACAAGACAGUUCUGUCUUCUAUCACUGUACAAAAAAGCAGCAAGGUUAUAUUUGUAGUUACUGAGAUAUUCUUACUCAAAAUGGCAUGGGUAAUGUCAAAAUCGUUUUUUGCUUUUCAGUACUUUAAAUUGGGAUACAAGUAUUAGUAGUCAUUCCAAUGGUAGUAUUAUGUAUGUUUUGUUCUUUAUGAAAUGUUAGUUGUUAAAGGUGACUACCUUCAAAAAGUGUAAUGGUAUAACUUAGGUAUAGGUUCUUUUGCUUGUAACAUGAUAUUGUACAAUUAAAUUUAACAUGUUUAAUCCCACUGCACUGAUACUGUAAAAUUCAACAUUAUUGUUGUAUUUUUAAAUUAAUCAACCAUGAACUACUUCAGAGCUCCCUGAAUUCAAGUUAGUACAUGUAAUUUGUAUGUGUAUGUUAUAAUUACAUGUAUGCAUGUAAGAACACUUUUUUUCCCCACACUGACUGGCUCGGAUAGUCUCAACGAGUGUCCCAUAACAUACUCGAGAUGAAAAGUGAACGAAAACCUUCAUAUUACUUGGCAAUCGCUAUUUGUUGUGGUCUGUAUCCAAAUCUCAGGACGCUAGAAAGCAAAUCUCGUUCCGAAAUCGCGCGAUAGCUCGCACCAAAACACCGGUGUUUUGUCGCGGUGUCAGACCGGCACGCAGCAAUUCAGGUACAGCUAAAGUUUUCUUCAUUUUCAACAGAAGCACAUGAAUUUGAGAGAAGAGAGAUUACCAGCUGCAUUGAGAGACUUUAAGGAAUCAUUGGAACAUGAAAACCUAGUUAGAGAUGCUUAGAUGGCUUUUAAACAAGCAAUCAACAGAGUGUAAACUUUUUUUUUUGGGUCACCCUGUAAUUAUAUUGCACAUUUCCCAUUGUCACUAUUGCACAUGAUAACAUUGCACAUUUGUCUUAAUCACUAUUGCACAUAUCCAUUAUCACAGUCGCUCAUGAUCCUUUAUCACUAUUACACAUUAUUGUAUUGCACAAAGCCCACAUCUGCACAUUUAAAACAAAUUACAGAGUCCUCAAGAACAAGCCCCAUCAAUGGGCAAACAAAUUUACACAUUGUUAUGAUCAUGUACCUGAUUUUCCAAUACCCAUGCUUUGAGAUGUUUAGUAAAUGUGAUGAAAUGUGAUUGUUCACAUUUCACUUGGUAUAGUAUUCCAGGUUUGUGAUGCACAAAAAGGGAAAAUUCACUGCAAGAGCACUUCUCCCAAAAGGUACUACGCAGUUAACUCUAGAGUCUGCUCUGGUUGAUCUGCUGGAAUUUAACAAAUUAUGACAUUUAAAACAAUAUAUCUUCUUCUUUUCCUUUCGGCUUUUCCCUUCAGGGGUCGCCACAGCGAAUCAAUUGCCUCCAUCUCACCCUGUCUUCUGCAUCCUCUUCUCUUACACCAGCUACCUUCAUGUCCUCUUUAACCACAUCCAUAAACCUCCUCUUUGGUCUUCCUCUAGGCCUCCUGCCUGGCAGUGGGAAACAGCAUCCUUCUACCAAUAUAUUCACUCUCUCUCCUCUGGACAUGUCCGAACCAUCUCAGUCUGGCCUAUCUGAUUUUAUCUCCAAAGCCUCUAACAUGUGCCGUCCCUCUGAUGUACUCAUUCCUGAUACUAUCCAUCCUGGUCACUCACAAAGAGAACCUCAGCAUCUUCAGUUCUGCUACCUCCAGCUCUGCCUCCUGUCUUUUCCUCAGGGACACUGUCUCCAGACCAAACAACAUGGCUGGUCUCACCACAGUUUUGUAAACCUUUCAUUUUAGCUGAAACUCUUCUAUCACACACACCUGACACUUUUCUCCAGCCGUUCCAGCCUGCCUGUACAUGCUUCUUCACCUCUUUUCCACACUCUCCAUUGCUCGGGACUGUUGACCCUAAGUACUUAAAAUCCUCCACCUUCUUGAUCUCUUCUCCCUGUAACCUCACUCUUCCACUUGGGUCCCUCUCAUUCACACACAGAUACUCCGUCUUGCCGCAGCUAACCUUCAUUCCUCUCCUUUCCAGGGCAAACCUCCACGCCUCUCGCUUCACCUCCACCUGUUCCCUGCUCUCACUACAGAUCACAAUGUCAUCUGCAAACAUUUGGUCCUCUGCUCUGCCUUUGCCCUCUUCAUCUUCUUCACCACCAGGGUCAUCCUACACACCACCAUCCUAUGCUGUCUGGCUACACUCUCAUCUACCACUACUUUGCAGUCACUGAUCUCCUUCAGGUUACACUGUUUACACAAGAUGUAGUCUACCUGUGUGCUCCUACCUCCACUCGUAUAGGUCACCCGAUGUUCCUGCCUCUUCUGGAAGAAAGUAUUCACUACAGCCAUUUCCAUCCUUUUUGCAAAGUCAACCACCAUCUGUCCUUCUGUGUUCGUCUCCUGGAUACCAAACCUGCUCUGUUUCCUGCACCAACAUGUCCAUUGAAGUCUGCACCAAUGACAACUCUCUCACUUCUAGGGAUGCUCUGAAUCACUUUAACAUGGUCCAUCCCGAAUUUCUCCUUCUCCUCCAGCUCACAUCCUACCUGUGGAGCAUACCCACUAACAACAUUGAACAUCACACCUUCGAUUUCUAGCUUCAGGCUAAUCACUCGAUCUGACACUCUUUUUACCUCCAGGACAUUGCUAACAAACUCCUCCUUCAAGAUAACUCCUACUCCAUUUCUCUUCCUAUCUACACCAUGGUAGAACAACUUGAACCCUCCUCUUAAACUUCUAGCUUUACUACCUUUCCACCUGGUCUCCUGGACACACAGUAUGUCCACCUUCCUCCUCUGCAUCAUGUCAACCAGCUCUCUACCUUUUCCUGUCAUAGUUCCAACAUUCAAAGUCCCUACUCUCAGUCCUAGACUCUUGGUGUUCCUCUUCUGUCUCUUCCUACGAACACACCUUCCUCCCCUCCUUCUUCAACCAACAGUCGUCCAUUUUCCACCGGCACCCUGUAGGUCGACAGCACCGAUGGCAGUAGUUGUUAACCCGGGCCUUGACCGAUCCGGUAUGGAAGUCAUACAUUUGAUUCGCAUGUUUGAUUUGGCCAAAGUUUUACGUCGGACGCCCUUCCUGACACAACCCUCUGUAUUUAUCCGGGUUUGGGACCGGCACAAUAAGACACUGGCUUGUGUCCCCUUGCGGCUACAUUGUUUAAGACAAUAUAUGAACUUCGCAUUUAUCAAAUAAAAUACGUUCAACUGAAAAGACAUUUACAUUCUGUGACACUUACAGAUUAUCCAGACUCUCAGAUGAUGCAUUUUUUUAGCAUUUACACUACCGUUCAAAGUUCACAUCUGGGGGACUUAGACGUAAACAAUCGAUCCUGGCCCAAACCGAACCAACAUCUAGCCAAUCAAGGGCGGAAGUGCUAACAGAUCGCCCCUAAUAUACGCCAGGAGCUUUUUACGAUGUGCCGCUAGCCGCGCUAGCUGUGCUAGUACAGCGCUAGCCAUGCUAGCCUAACUAGCUGCACGACUACAGUGCUAACUGUGCUAGUACAGUAAUAAGGUCACCAGCACCACCAGCGCCGGCCCAUUUGUGUGUUUAUAAAAUUGUUAUUCAACUCCCCAGCUGUAAAAUGUGCUGUACUUGUGCGGCUAGUGUGGCGAGCAUGGCUAGCGCUGUAAUAACGCGGCUAGUGCGGCUAACGGCAUGCCAUUAAAAGCUCCUUGCGUAUAUUAUCAGUCUUGUUCUUUGGAAACGCAUGCAUUGCAGGUUACUGACUCUCACAAAAACAAACCACACAGAGGACUAAUAAAGGAUUAAUACAUGCUGGUAGCCAUGGUUGACCCCGGUCUAAGGUCAGCCACCCGCAUAACAUAACCAGAGGAGCGUCACUUUGGCUGGACGUUGGUUCAGUUUUGGCCAGGAUCAAUUGUUUACGUGUAAGUCCCCCGAAUGUGAACAGCGAAUUUUUUGAUGGCGAAUUUCGAACACUGAAUUUUGUGACGGCAAAUUUUGAACAUUGAAUUUUUUGACGGCGAAUUUUGUACACAUUGAAUUUUUUUGAUGGUGAAUUUUGAACACAUUGAAUUUUUAACAGGUUUUUAGAAUUUUGAUGAGCUAAUUUCAGGCAUAAAAAAUUCACAUGCAUAAUUUUGAUGCAAAAAAAUUCAAAGUAAGAAAUUCAGCAGGUUUUAAAAUUCAGAAUCUGAUGAGUCUGAUUUGCUUCCAUAUUUGGGGUCACCAAGACAAUUUCAUGUUUUCCAUGAAAUCUCACACUUUUAUUCAUGCAUAAUUGCACAAGGGUUUUCUUAUCAUCAAUUAGCCUUUCAAUACAAUUAGCUAACAAUGUAGCAUUAGAGUGAAACUAAAGCAAGAAGAACGUCGGCUCAUUGUGCUGCAUACAGUUUCAUACUACGUCGGACGAUCAAGACAAGGAAACUUGGAAUAACUUUCCACAGGUAAGAAUAGUUUUUGGCUCGUUUUUCAUUAUAAAAUCUUGUUGAGCAUCUAUGAGAGCUAACUAGUUAGCCAUUAGCAAAACACUAACACGAGCUAACAGCUGGAAACCAUAUACCAGACGAUUAAUAGUAGCUGUAGUAUAGCUGUACAAGCAGUAGUACUAAUACGAAAAGUACAAGCAGCAGUAGUAGUAUAAGUAGCUGUUGUCGUAGAAGUAGUAUCAGCAUGUGUACUAGUAUUACAAGUUGUAGUAGCAGUGACAGUAUCAGCAGCAGUAGUUGGUAUAUUACCACUACUACUACUAGUAGUCGAAAUUGUAGUAGUUAUAAAGCCAAACUCAUAUAUAUCUAGAUUAGAAUCUAUGUUAGUCCUCAAAAACCAUUUUAUGAUUGGGAUUAUAGGCAAUUCUUUAGGACUGCUCUCACAUAAUUGAAUUGUUACUAAACAAGGUUAUACUUAUUAAAUUAAAUAGCUUUGGUCUCCAGUAUAUUGGCUAAUUCAGUUCUUUGUACUUAAUUUAUUAGCACGAUUUCUUUAUAAAUAUGUUGUAUACAUACUUAUUUACUUCUGUCUACAUUUUUCUUUAUUCCAUGUAGGUUUCCCAAAGAUUAUGGGUUGAGGAAGAAGUGGGAAGCAGCUCUGAGGAGAGAGGGGUUUGAUGCAACUAUAUAACAGCCUAGAGAGAGAGAGACAAAUACAUAAUAUUGAAUAUUAAUAAUUGUGUUGUUUAUUGUAAUUGUGUUGCUUAUUGUAAAUGUAAAUAAACUCUAUCCUGUUCUAGUCUAGUUCCCUGCUAUAUGUAUAUAACAGGCUAGAGAGAUAUAUAUUAAAAAAUAAUAAUAAAUUAAUUUUCCGUUGAGGCCAGACACUUAAAAUUCAUUUACAAUGUAUCUUGACACUUUUGUCUUUGGACUCAUGGUUAACAAACAUAUCUUUGUUUUCUUUCCAGUCACGUUCAGCUUUCGCAUUAAAGCUUCAGUGUAAAAUGUGGAUGUUGAUCCAUUGUCCAAAAAUGCAUGUCUGAAUCACUUUAUUGCCUUUUUUUGCUUUCACUUGAACUGGAAGGAUCUGGAGGAAUCCAUUGCUACCGGCCCCAGUAUGACCUCCAAUGGCUUGACUUGACACAAGCGUGUUGUUGACAACUGGUUCCAGUUCCCUAGAGUGCAUGCCAUUGGUGUUCACUGCCUUAUCAACCUUUUUCUUGAUGUUAAUAUGUAAAGCUGUUGGAUGGCUCUGUUUGUAAAUUUUGCAGAUUAAUCGCUGGUUGCAAUUUUUGCUCAAAUGUCCAGGACUGAGACACCCAAAGCAAGUUCCCUUUUCCUUCAGGAAGCUAAUUUUUUCCCGAUGUGUAAUCCUGUAAAAUUGCUGACAGUCAUCCAGAGCAUGAUCCUGUACACAGAACAAACAGUUCUUAGUGUUUUUUGGUGUGGGCUCUUUGGCUUCCUUGCAUUUGUUAGUUGCACAGACAUUUGUUGCAAAGUUUUCUUGUUUCAAUUUUGGUUUGAUUGAUGGCUUGAUUGUAUUCACAUCCUUUUUGAUAUGCCUUCCAUAUUCCGUUACUUGGAUAUACCCAAAAAUAGGAUCAGGCAAGAGUCUAACCUGACAUUCCACAAAUUGCACAACAUCACUAAAGUUUGGUGUGCGGUUUUGACUUUCUCUAAUUUCAUAUGCAACACUUCUAAAGUGUUCUCUCAGUUUAAUUGAAAGUUUAAAUAUAAUGAUUUUAAUAUUUGCACACAUGUCUAGUUCUUUCAUGUCAAACAAAUCUGACAUUGCAUUAUUGCAGCCACACAGAAAUAAAGCGUAAUCUUGGAGUGCUGAAACAUUUUCAACCUUAACAGCAGGCCAGUUGUAGCCUAGCCGCGCUAGACCCAUGCUCUGAAGACGCAAGGGUCUAGGCACACUCGACAGGGAGGGAGGCGGGCUAAAAGGUUAUCUAUCAAAUCACUCUGCAGCAAUUGGGUAGGUAUACAACCAAUCAGCGCAACGAAUAGGCUCCUAGAGCGCUGGAAAUCAGAGGAUGCGGUAGUUCGGUGAAGCCUUAUUUAUACAGCCAAUGGGUGAAGCUCAAGUAUAUUACAGACAUGUUAACAGAAAGAUUAUUCAGAGUCGGUGCUAAUGGAGCUCAACGACUGUUGUCGUUUUAGUUGUCGACCCUGGCAGAGAAUUAAAUUCGUUGUCGUGGGUUGUCUAGCACGGCUAGGCUAGUUUCCGGUUGUUUCUGUCAGAAUCGUCGCGCCUCUGUCGUCAGUUACACACGCCUUCGGACUCUACACUUCAUGGUGAUUCUUUUUUUUUCCUUCUUUUUUUUUAAUUGAAAAUAAGAGCAAUACACUAAACAAUACAAUAGACAAUACAAUGGAAAAAGAAAGAAAAUCAAAAACACCUGCAAGCCCUUCAUUCGCAACAUCACUCCCCUCCCAUCCCCACGCACAAUAUUUAGGUUGCAAUAUCAUUAUAGACAGCAUAUAACAAUUCAAUACCAUUUGUAACAGUGCUGAACAUAAACAUUAAAUCACAGAGUCAUAUUAGGACAGUAUCUUUCAAAGAGCUCAUGAGUUUUAGCAGCUUUUUUAUGGUGAAACUGUCUAAUCACAUUCACAUAUUGUUUUACUUCAUUAUAGAAUUUAUUCCAAUUUGGUUUCUCUUCAGCCCAUUUAACUUUAUGAAUAUGAUAUUUCCCUAAAGUGACAAUCAAUUGUAUAAAAGUUGCCAAAUCUUUAUUAACUACUUUUUUAACAUUAAAUAAGAUGUCCUUCUCCCGGAGGCAGAUUGUUCGCCCAGAUAUAUCUGAUAUAAAUUGCUGUAUUUUAGUCCAGAAUAUCUUACUGUGCACACACAGAAAAAAAACAUAUGAGGAAUAGUCUCUAUCUCACUAUCACAAAAACUACAGUUAUAAUUGAAUUGUAAUGUUUUUUUUUAGCAGGAUAAAUAUUGUGGAGUAUUUUAUAAGUAACUUCUUUAAUUUUAUUUAUACAGAACUUCUCGUGGACCAGCCACACCCUGUCCCCGUCAAUCUCCCCGUACAAGGAGGUCUAGUGAGACACAGCUGCAGCUCUUGUUUUUGGUUGUAUGAGAUUUCUAACAAAUUUGUUUGAGCAUUUUCCCCUUAUCACAUCUAUUUGUUCAAUAAAUAAUUGUUUUCCUA